CGAACUACAUUUGCCGUGUUUGCCGCCUUUUGAGCGGUUGUAAACACUUGUCACACGACAACACAUUUUUGUUAGAAUAGUUGCCGUUAUUUAUAUUUACGGCAUUUUUAGUUUUUCUUUUCUUCUUUUCUACUACUAUAAUCAUUUAAAGUGUUAUCUAUCAAUUUUAUCAAUUUUUGAACAGUGUGUAAAAGUGAAAAAUGCCUCACAAGAACGGUGAAAACGGUAGUGUUAAGGUUAUGGACAACUUUGUACAAAUAGAAAAAAUUGGUGAAGGAACCUAUGGUGUUGUUUAUAAAGCUAAGGAUAAAUUAACUGGAAAAUUAGUGGCACUUAAGAAAAUUCGUCUGGAAACGGAAAGCGAAGGAGUACCAUCAACUGCCAUUCGAGAAAUUUCACUUUUGAAGGAAUUAGCUCAUCCUAAUAUUGUUCAAUUAUUGGACGUUGUGCAAGGUGAUAGGCAUCUUUACCUUGUUUUUGAAUUUUUACAACAGGAUCUUAAAAAAUUACUGGAGUCGGUGAAACACGGCCUGGAACAGGCCUUAGUUAAGAGUUACCUAUGGCAACUGUUGCAUGCAAUUUUUUACUGUCAUGUGCAUUUAAUUUUGCAUCGUGAUCUGAAACCACAGAAUCUUCUCAUUGACAGAGAAGGAAAUAUAAAAUUAGCCGAUUUUGGAUUGGCACGAGCAUUUGGAGUUCCAGUGAGAACGUAUACACAUGAAGUAGUUACUUUAUGGUAUCGACCACCGGAAAUUUUGCUAGGUACCAAAUUGUACUCCACUGCCGUUGAUAUAUGGAGCCUCGGAUGUAUCUUUGCAGAAAUGGCAACAAAAAGGGCUUUGUUUCCUGGCGAUUCGGAAAUUGAUCAACUAUUUCGAAUAUUUCGAACUCUGGGAACACCCGACGAAACCGUUUGGCCUGGUGUUUCACAACUUCCUGAUUAUAAAUCAAUGUUUCCACGUUGGGACGCUCGCAGUUUAGAUGAAGUUGUCUCGAACUUUGACGACGAUGCCAAAGAUUUACUUAAAAAAUUAUUAGCUUACGAUCCAAAUCAAAGAAUCACAGCAAUGAUGGCAUUGCGUCAUCCAUUCUUCAAGAAUGUAAAACUAGUACCACCACCACUGCCAAAGAAAGACUGAAAACCACUUCGCCUCGCAUUUAUAGCACACUGAAUUUUAAUUUUUAUAAAGAAAUUUUUUUUUUUGAUGCAGAUGUAAUUUAUAAAUAUUCCGUAUUACUUAUAUCGUGUGGUAAACAUUCCUGGAAAUUGUGGAUAUUUUUUUUACAUGACAUAUCCUCUGUAUUUGACAUGGAAUUAUAUUUUGUAACAUAAUACGCUUUUUAUAAAAGUAACAAUAUAGUAGUACAGAUAGAAGUAAUAAAGAAUUAUUUACAUUGUA